AGAUUUCCGCAAUGGCUCUGCGCUUUUCUUCUUCUAUCCUGAGACGCAACUUCUCUGUUUUCUCCUCUGCGGGAAGACUCUCGAGGGCGACCAGGAAAUUUCCCAAGAGCCUGCAGGGCGUCGCCGGUGUUGCCAAUGCACUGCGCUCGCAUGCCACCCAGGGCGUCACCCGCGGUCAACGAGAGGUGAAGGUCGAAAGUCAGGACUACUAUGAUGGGCUCUCGGACCACUACUACCUCUUCCAGCAGGACUGGGAUGGCAUGGUGGCCAAGGAGAGACAGGGGUUCAAGGAUGCGUUCUUCGGGGAGAACGUGAAGAAGGUACUUGAUGCCUCCUGCGGCAGCGGCGAGCAGUCGAUCGCUCUUGCCGGCAUCUCCAAGGAUAUCAAGGUCACUGCCUGCGAUCCCAGUGCGGGGUUGGUGAGCAAGUGUGCUGAGAACGCCAAGAAGUAUGGUUUCCACAACAUUGAGGCCAUCCAGAGUGAUUUCCUUGGCCUCGAGCACGACUUCAAGGAUCGCUUGGGAACCUAUGACGCGAUCGUCACCAAGGGCAGCUCCCUCCCUCACUUGUUGACGGACAAGGACCUCACUCAAGCCCUCAAGAACUUCUACAGCCUACUCCGCCCUGGCGGUAUCGUCAACAUUGGGGUGAGAGACUACGAUUACUUCAUCAAGCAGAAGACGCAGAUCUACCCUCGUCAGCUCAAGGUCGGUGAUGACAAGGAGCAUCUCAUCUUCGAUAUCUGGGAAUGGCAUAAGGGAUCUGAGGGACAGCAGCUUGUUAACUUUAACACCUUCCACAUCAACGGAGAGAACACGCCCAACUACGUCACCAGCAAGUACAUCACUACCUUCCGUGCGCUGUUCAGGAAGGAGAUGGAGGACAUGCUCGCCAAGGCUGGCUUCACUGAGAUCAAGGUCCACAAGAUCGACGGGUGGCUCUGGGAGAACGUCUACACUGCUAGACGGCCCAACUAAACUUGUUAAACAAGGUCGCACAAUGCGAUCAGUACAACUGAUGUAACGUUUUAAUGAAAUUUGAAACAUGAAUCUUUCUCCUGGGUUAUCUAGCACUUACACAUGAGAUAGAGUGGGAGGAAAGGAGGAGAGUGAGGGUACAAGAGGCAGAGUGAGUGAGAGCGAGGAGGAGGAUAGGAGAAGACAUCUGAUCAACAGGAGGUGGUGCGACACGUUAGGUUGCAGAGGAAGUUUUGACAACUUCUUUCAUGGCCCUCCUCAUGAAUCCGGUGUCGGUGAAACUUUGUUGGACACUCCAAGGGAGCUCUUAAGCGAGUCGGCCAUGAAGUAAGGCUUGUCCUGCCGUCGUUGACUUCGCUGUCGUGCAGGAAGGAAAGGAGGAUGCAGUCGAUAGCAGCCUCGAACACUCCGAUGAAGGCGCCUGCUGCGUACCAUGCUGUGAUCGCAACGAUAAGCAGGGUAAAGAAAGGAGCGCCGGAAGGCAGGACGUCCUUCGAGUAGCUCUGAGCGAUCAAGUAGCAGAUCGCUAACGUUGCGAGGGUGAUGAACAGCUUGCCGAGAAGGAGGAAGAACGGUGUGAUCAUAUUGAUCGCAGCAAUCUGUAGAAUAUUUCUCAUGAUCAACAAGAAGCCUUUCCAUGCCCCUUUGCAGAAUGAGUAUCCUACAU